CGUAUUCUGUUCGAUUUGCGCUGUUCGUCGCGGAAGAAAUUCAAAUAAUUGUCUAUUUAGAGCAAAUAUAGUCGAAUCGACAAUUUUUGGUUGUAGAAAAAACGGAAAAUAAUUUCACUUCAACUGGAUGCUGGAAAGUUGCUGAUGCGAUCUGCUGUGGAGACAAAUGAAAAAUCGAAAGUGUCUCGUAUCCAGCAGAUACCACGUUGAGAGCGGAUGGGAUUGAACCAGUGCGUGACGUUUGCGUAAAAUCAAAACAAAAGUCACGAUGUUACCUGGCUGUGUGAAAUGCCAAUAAUAUUUACUGUUCUUAAACUGCAAACUAACGGAUGAUGAAGGAGAAGAGCAAGCCAAGUAUGGGAAAACCAAAAUGUUGUAACUUUUAACAAUCGCAAAGUUGAAAUGGAAAUAGAAUAAUUCGGUUUGCCCGAGUCUUGGUCUACGCGUGAAACGAACCGUUUCGCGCUAGUGUUGGUGCUGGAGAUUCAUGACUAUCUCGCGAAGUUCCGUGAGACGGGAACGAGUUGCAUCUGUGGACGUGAAUGAAUAUCGUCAGGUACGGCGAGCUGCAAAAUUUUAAAUUGUUUUUGUUUAUGCAGAGUAAUGUAAUAUUUUUUCGCAUAAAAAUUCAGCAUAGAUCGAACAGUUUAUCAGCGAUUCAAGUUCCAACCGCCCCAACUGUGCGAUCAAUCGUCGCGGGCCUUGGAGGUUUACUUCCCUUUCAUGGUUGGAAGGUUCCGAGCAGUGAAUAAAAAUAUAUUUUUUUACCAUUGCUGGCCAUGGUGCAACAAUUUAUUACAAAUCCUAGUGACGUGGGUGUGCGGUAGUGCUGUACUGUGGUGUUUGCUGUGAUUGUGUGCGCCCGAAGCGUGGAAUGUUGAAUUUUUUGCAACAACCGUGAAGAAACAGGAGGUGCAAGAAAAUGUCAAAAUGAAAGUUGUUUCCAUUCCAGUUGCAUGAUUGUGUUUGUGUUGUGACUUACGAUUUGGAAACAAAAGCUGCUAACCCCAUCGCCUCCCAGAUUGCUAGUCCGACUGGUUGGCUGGCUGGCUGGGUGGGUGCCACAGGGGCCCUAAGACAGUCGAUUUCGACGACCGGAAUGCGAGGAACCUCGGUGCGGAUUUUUGCCUAAACGGCCAUUGGAUGCGAUUUGUUUGCGCAUGAAGGCACGCAUAAUUUUCGAUGUGCGAGUACGAGGCACUAAUUGAAGCGGUUGAAGAGCUGGGCAAACUGGGUGGAGCAUGAAUCGAUGACCUGGACCGCGCAGGAUAGAUCCAACAGAUGGAGUCACCGGGUGUUUCACAAACCGCAAAACAACCAAAAAAAUGGUUUACUGACUCGGUGUGUAGUGAAGUAUGCGGUGCGUUUUUUUUUUCAAACAUACGUGUUAAAUUCCAAAUCUAUCUUUCACGUCGACUAGAACUCCCAGGCGUGCAAAGCUAGUGAGCCGAUAGCCGAGAGACAAGAUUGCAUCUUGUAUGUGCAGUGGUUGCUACGUUAUUUCAAUUCGGGGCCGACGAGAAAGUGUACUAAUUGUGCGAAGGAGUUGGAAGAAAUUCGAGAGACGUGUAAAAGUGAAAUGAUGGCUACUAGGAAAGGAGCGUUUUAUCGGUGUGUUUUUCGAUCAUACCUCGCAUGAAUGCCAAGCAACAAAUUGGCAUAAUAAAUUAGAAGAACGGUAUUUAAAAUUUAAGCGGUGCGUUUUUAUAAUGAUGAAGGACGGUCUUGUUUAUGCAGCGUAAUUAUUGUAUAAUGCUGCGUUGUUCGUGUGCUCGUAGUCGGCUUUUCGGUGUGUUUGGUGAAAAGUGGAAAGUACGGUGCAACUGAUUUAUCAGAUAUUGCAAUUAUUAGCGAAACCAUUUUCAUGGUCAAAACCCUUAAAAAUCAGGCUGUGUGAAGGGAAAAUUAUUGGUGGUGAAAUUUUUUACGGUUACCAAAAUACAAUCCGUAGCCAGUUGUUUGUAUGAGUGAACAUCCGGAAGUGGGCAUUAUGGAUUGCUAUCAUCGCUUGGAAUUCAGCAACCGCUGCCGGAACACCAUCGGGUUAUCAUAAUGAGUAACGGAGCUGCGACCGCUGGAAGUGGCGCUGGUGUUGGUGGUGGAUCAAACGGCAUGGACGCGGAAAGUCUGCCCACCUGGCGACUGUGGGGCGAGGAGCGCGAGGAGGAUGCCAUUUAUACCGUCUACUUGAAGAAGGUCCGUUACCACCGGCCGACACCGAGUGCCAGUAGUCAAGACUCGGACGACGAAAUAUCACACCUGGAAUGGGAAACUGUGCGAGUACGAUUCGUGAAGGCAGCUACUCUGUCCCGGCUGGUCGAUGCUCUGACGACGGAUGAUGGAGAACUGGAGAGUACCUUUGUGAAUGUGUUCCUUACCACCUACCGGACAUUCGCUCAGCCCGAAAAGGUGUUGGAGUUGCUACUGAACCGGUACGAGAAACUACACUCGGAACCAGCGGCUCUCGUGCCCUCGGAAUCGCUGAAUGAUCAGCACAAGAAAACUCUAGUCUCCGUUCUGCACGUUUGGCUGGAUGGAUUUCCCGAAGAUUGGGACACGGAAAACUUGCAACGGCUUCUGGCGUUUACGUCGAAGCGAUUGCCAAAUUCAGAGAUACACGUUAAAGCUUUACAUAGGUAUACAAAUAGGUUAGAUAAGUACAGUAGGAUACCACCGCCAUUGCCAUGGUCCAGCGAUUAUCAUGAUCUGACCGAUCAGUUCGGGGGCCUGUGCUUGACACCGGCCUUUCGAGGACCACCUUCACAUUUAUUGAACUCGUACCGAUUCCCUAAUAUCCCCGUGAAGCACUUUGCAGAACAGCUGACACGAAUGGACAUGGAACUGUUUAAACGAUUGAUUCCUCAUCAGUGUUUGGGUGCAACCUGGUCCAACAGAGACAAACACGAAUGUGGAUCGGUACUAGCCACCGUGACCCAAUUCAACGCGGUGUCCUUCCGGGUGAUAUCCAGUGUGCUUAUAGAGCCGCGAUUGAAACCUCAGGAACGAGCCCUUCUCAUAUCUACUUGGAUUGAUAUUGCACAGGAGCUACGACUGCUGAAAAACUUCUCCUCGCUGAAAGCGAUCAUCUCAGGAUUACAGUCGAAUGCCGUUUAUCGACUGUCAAAAACCUGGGCUGUGUUACCCCGGGAGAAACUUGAACUAUACACGGAAUUGGCUCGAAUAUUCUCCGAAGACAAUAAUGCCUGGGCCCAGCGGGAGGUUCUGAUGCGAGAAGGUACGGCCAAGUUUGCCGACACGGUCGGUGAGAAUGACCGGCAUCUGCAGAAGGUCUUUCAGAAGCAGAACACACUGAUAAGCCACGGAACGAUUCCCUACUUGGGGACAUUCUUAACUGAUCUUACAAUGAUUCAUGCUGCCAUUCCCGAUACACUUCAGGAUGGGUUAAUCAAUUUUGAUAAGCGACGAAAGGAGUUUGAGGUGCUAGCACAGAUUAAGCUGCUACAGGGUGCUGCCAAUACGUAUCAUCUACAAGAGGACGCACUGUUUGAUCGGUGGUUUGCUUCGCUGCUUGUUCUGGAUGAGCGGGAAGCGCACACGUUAAGCUGUCAACUGGAACCGAUGCCGGAAAUGACCAAACGACCCAGCCACCAGGGCCACAAAAAAAGCGAUUCUAUCGCGUCCAACAGCAGUAGUGGAGCAGGCUCUCAGUUCUACUGUGACAUUAAUAGUGCAUCCAAUCACAGCUACAGUUCCCGCAAUAACUCACUAGACCGGGACGUAACACCACCGAAUGCUUCGAUACUUUCGGCUGCCAGCAGCGUAUCGUCGCUGUCAAUGGAAUCAACUACCUCGAGCAGCCAGAAAUCCAACCACCUUAACGGAAGUGUCAAUCGAACACCGCAAUCGAACCGGGCUCACAAUAGCGCACCGAACUCGGCUUCCAAAGGGCACAAUAACGGUCUGGAGGCUCCCAUCAUCAAUGGUCAGCUGAAGGACGAUUCGCCACUGAAGAAGAGUUCACCUGAUUUUUACAUCAUAAAAGUUACCUACGAAACGGAACAUGUCGAGCUGGAUGGAAUAGUUCUUUACAAAAGCAUCAUGUUGGGAAACAAUGAGCGAACACCGCAAGUCAUUCGGAACGCGAUGUUGAAGCUCGGAUUGGAAGGUGAUCCGGAUAAGUACACUCUGGCGCAGGUUCUGCCGGACAAGGAACUGCUUCUGCCGAACAAUGCCAACGUGUACUACGCGGUCAACACGGCGUACAAUUUGAACUUUAUUUUAAGGCCAAAAAAGGAUGCGGACAGUGUACGAUAAGGAAAGAGUUUCGAGCUGGCUAACAAUCGAGGAACACUCAUAGUUUUUAUUGUAUAUAUAUUUAUUCGAACAGGAGUAGCUUCGCCGAAUUUACACGGAUAAUGGGAAAUUUCUUUGAAAAAUUUACUGAUAUUAUUCCAAUGUUACAUUUGACGACCAGCUAAUUUUGUUCUAGUUGAAAUCAUCUGUAAAAAAGUAAUGAUACUGAUAAAAACCGAAGAAUUGGAUAUAUAAGAAAACAUAAUAUAUUUUAGCCGCGUUAAACGUAUUAAGUUUUAGAGGACAAUAUUGAAUAACUGGUAACAAAAUAGACUUUAGCGGCAGUAAUAGGUUGAAUAUACAACCGGAGUGGGACGUAUAUUAAAACUGCACUGACAACAUACAGAGCUUUGUUUUAGGAAUUAGGAGUAUCCUCUAUUGGAAUUGAAAAUAAAUUGUUUAAUGAAAAUAAAACAAUUUAAAAGAAAUGAGCGUUAUUAACGGAAACUAGCAGACUAAUUAAUGUGAACUGAGUAACACUGUAAGAAAUAAAACGACUCCGAAUU